AUGGCUCUCUCCGCCGCGCUCCGCCUCCCGCUCCCGCUCCCGCGCCUCCUCGGCCCCUCCGCCUCCAUCCUCGGCGCCGCUUCCCGCCGCCGCGCCGCCGCUGCCACAGCGCCCGCGGCCGCCCUCCGCCUCCUCGCGGCCUCGUCCCCCAGUCCCGCGUCCUUCUCCUCGCGGCCCGCGCGCGGCCUCCGCUCGCGCCGCCGCAACCGUGGCGAUGAUGGGCGCGCGGCUGCGGCCGGCGGCGGGGAGGGCGGCGGAGGUGGAGCUGCGGUCAAGGAGCGGAUUCUGCCCGUAGAACUGCACAAGGAGGCCACGCAAGCCUACAUGUCGUACGCCAUGUCCGUGCUGCUCGGCCGUGCGCUCCCCGACGUCCGUGACGGCCUCAAGCCCGUGCACCGGAGGAUACUCUAUGCCAUGCAUGAGAUGGGCCUUGCGUCUCGUAGGCCAUUCAGAAAAUGUGCCAGAGUUGUUGGUGAGGUACUAGGUAAGUUUCAUCCACAUGGAGAUACUGCUGUUUAUGAAAGCUUGGUUAGAAUGGCUCAGGAUUUUUCCAUGAGGUACCCGCUUGUUCAAGGACAUGGAAACUUUGGCUCAGUAGAUGCAGACCCUCCUGCUGCUAUGCGAUACACGGAGUGCCGCUUGGAUUCGUUAGCAGAAGCCAUGUUCUUGACUGAUCUGGAGCUGAACACAGUUGACUUUGUGCCAAACUUUGAUAACUCACAGAAAGAGCCAUCUCUGCUUCCAGCUCGUGUCCCAUCUUUGUUGUUGAAUGGUUCUUCCGGGAUUGCUGUUGGAAUGGCAACAAAUAUUCCUCCUCAUAAUCUGGGGGAGCUUGUUGAUGUGCUUUCUGUUAUUAUUCAAAACCCUGAAGCUACACUCCAAGAACUACUGGAAUGCAUGCCUGGUCCUGACUUCCCUACAGGAGGGACAAUCCUAGGAAAUCAAGGUAUUUUGGAAGCAUAUAAAUCUGGACGUGGCCGCAUUGUUGUGAGGGGAAAGACUGACAUCGAAACAAUUGACGAGAAAAGCAAGCGCACAGCUAUUAUUAUUAAAGAGAUUCCAUACCAAACUAACAAAGCCACUCUUGUACAAAAGAUAGCUGAGCUUGCUGAAGAUAAGGUGUUGGAAGGUAUUAGUGAUAUUAGGGAUGAAAGUGACCGCACUGGAAUGCGUGUAGUAAUUGAGCUGAAAAGAAGUGCAGAUCCUGCCAUUGUCCUGAACAACCUGUAUCGUCAUACAGCUCUGCAGUCUAGCUUUAGCUGCAACAUGGUGGCUAUACUUGAUGGGCAGCCAAAAUUGAUGGGACUGAAAGAAAUUCUUCAGGCGUUCCUUGACUUCCGAUUCUCUGUUAUUGAAAGGCGUGCAAGAUAUAAGCUUUCACAAGCUCUAGAAAGGAAACAUAUCGUGGAGGAAUUUGAUCUAUCUGAGAAACAAGCUGAAGCUCUGUUGGAUAUCACACUAAAGAAGCUUACUUCCCUUGAGCGGAAGAAAUUUGUGGAUGAAGCUAAAACCUUGUCAGAGGAAAUUUCUAAGUUAAAUGAGCUUCUGUCAAGCAAGGAACUUAUCUUCCAGCUUAUACAACAAGAAGCUGCCUAUUUGAAAAACAAGUUUUCUACACCGCGGCGUUCUUUGAUAGAUGAUUCAGUAAGAAGUGAAGUUGAUGACAUUGAUAUUAUCCCUAACGAGGAAAUGCUUUUGAUUCUUAGUGAGAAAGGCUAUGCUAAGCGAAUGAAUCCCAACACAUUCAGUUUACAACAUCGGGGAACCAUAGGAAAGUCUGUUGGAAAGAUGCGGAUAAAUGACAGCACAUCAGAUUUCAUUGUUUGCCAGACGCAUGAUCACGUUCUUUAUUUCAGUGACAAGGGAAUUGUAUACUCAGCACGUGCUUAUAAGAUACCAGAAUGUACUAGAACUGCUACUGGGACUCCGUUGGUACAGCUGCUAUCAUUAUCUGAUGGAGAGCGGAUAACCUCCAUCAUUCCUGUGAGUGAAUUUGGUGAGGACCAAUGUCUAGUGAUGCUCACUGUUAAUGGCUAUAUCAAGAAAGUACCUCUUAAUGCCUUUUCAUCAAUCAGAUCCACUGGUAUCAUAUCAAUUCAACUGGUUCCUGGUGAUGAGCUUAAGUGGGUCCGUUGUUGUGGCAAUGAUGACUUGGUUGCAUUGGCUUCACAGAAAGGGAGGGUGAUAGUCAACUCAUGUGAUAAGCUUCGUGCCCUUGGAAGGAAUACCAGGGGUGUAUGUGCGAUGAAGCUAAAAGAGGGUGAUAAGAUGGCAGCCAUGGAUAUAAUUCCAGCAACGGUGCACAAAAUGCCUGAAAGAUAUAACAGCAGGGUCAGAGAUUUGAGUCCUCCAUGGUUGCUUUUCAUUGCUGAAAACGGUAUUGGGAAACGGGUGCCCUUAAAUGCUUUCCGGCAAUCAAAUUUCAAUGCUGUAGGUUUGCAAGGCUACAAGCUUCCAGAAGAUUGCCGUUUAGCCGCUGUAUUUGUUGCUGGUCUUUCACUCAGUGAAGACGGUGAAAGUGACGAGCAGGUUGUUUUAGUUAGCCAGAGUGGCACUGUAAACAGAAUCAAAGUUAAAGAUAUAUCUGUCCAGUCUCGGCGGUCGAGGGGAGUAAUUCUGAUGAGGCUGGAGCAUGCUGGAAAGAUCCAGUCAGCGUCACUGAUAUCCGCUGCGGCAGCAGAAGUAACAGAAGAUUAG